AGGCAGUGUCGAGGCCGCGCUCGCUCCUGCUUUUCUCGCCCGCGCCGUCCAGAGGCACCGACGUUCCACCGCCAUCAUCAUCGGCGAAGUCCGGCGGCUCGCGGCGCCCAGCAGCAUCGAGCGCAGCAUGUCUUCGGCUAAACAAAGGAGCGGCAAGGGCGGCAGCUCCGCGCCCGGCGACAAGGGAGCCCAUUCAAACCUCCCCGAUGACGUGGCAAAGAAGCAGCAGCAGCAGCAGCAGCAAAACCAGGCUCACGCCAAGGGGAGCAAAGGAGGAGGGUCGGCUGCUGGAGGGGGCAAAGCCUCCUCGUCGUCGUCGUCCUUCUGCAGCCUGGCCAAAGUCUUCAACUUCCUCUUGUCCCUCGCUCUCAUAGCCGCGGCUGCUUUCUCGGGCUACUUUGUCCAUCGCCUCUCCGAGGAAGUGAACCUGAUCAGCGUCCGACAAGAAGGCUUCGGGAGCCAGCGGGAGGAGUUGGCCCGCGCCUUGGAAGGGGCUGUGCAAAAGGUGCAGUCUCUUCAGUCUGCAUUUGGAGGUUUCGAAUUGACGCUGAAAAAUGCUCAGCAGAAGCAAGAAGUCACGGAAAAGGCUGUUAGGCAAGGGGAGGGAGAGAUCGCUCGCAUUGGUGAGGUUCUUCAGAAACUGCAAAAUGAAAUUCUGAAAGACCUGUCUGACGGCAUCCAUGUUGUAAAAGACGCCAGAGAGCGAGAUUUCACGUCGCUGGAGAACACUGUGGAAGACAGGCUAACUGAGUUAACUAGGUCGAUAAACGACAAUAUUGCUGAAUUCACAGACGUUCAGAAACGGAGCCAAGAGGAAAUCAAUGAAGUGAAAAAGAAGGUGGCUUCCCUAGGUGAAGCAGAGGUGUACAAACAUGAACUUCAUGCUUUGAAAGGCGUUGUUGACGAGAUGCAAACGUCCAUGAAAGCAAAAGAGAAGACUAUAGAGUCCUUGAAAAGUAUGAUAGAUUGGAUGGAAUCGGAUGUGUUGUCCGAAGUCAAAGAACUUGUCAAUCUCAAGCAGGAGCACGAAAAGUUCAAAGAGGUGGCCGAUGCAGAGCACAUUUCACUGCAAGCUCUACAGGAUAAAGUUCUUAAAGCAGAAGAGGCUAUUGGACAUCUCCCUGGUGAGCUUGAGAGACUCCGGGAAGAUCUCGUGCACAUCAAGACUUCUGCCAAUGCGCAAGAAGGUGAUGCUCUUCCCAGAGACAUCGUAGCGACUCUGCAAAUGAAGAGUGAAGGAUUUGAAUCCAGGUUCAGGUCUAUAGAAGAGAACCUUGAGGCUUUGAGGUCACCAUCUGCACAGCACACUGAAGGGAUGGAAUCUCUUCUCUCCAAGUAUGACAGCAAGCUAGCUGCUUUAGAGGAAGAGCUAGGCUCCAUCCAGGGUAAUUUAGAGGAAGAGGUGCGUUCAGUGACAGAUACCGUAAGGAGCCUUAGUGAAUCUCAGCUCUCCAUGUACAGUGAUGUUGAGGAGCUAAGGAGGAGCGUGAGCGACUUCCCAAACAAUGCUGAUGCACUUGAUAACAUCCAGAAACAAGUCCGUGCUCUGCUGGAUAAAGAAAAGCCUCAAAUGGACGCAGGGCAAUCCAGAGAUAAUCUAGAGGAACUCUCUUCUGUGAUAGGUUAUGUUGAUGAGCUGCGAUCUUCUCUCAGCCAGGCUGAAUCCGACUUAAAAAUGCUCAGGACUGCAGUUGACAGUCUGGUUGCUUACUCUGUGAAAAUAGAAACCAACGAGAAUGACGUUCAGUCGCUGAAGAGCUCCUUUGAGGAUGUAAAGAUUGACCUGGACAGGUUGUUUGUGAAAGUAGAAAAGAUACAUGAAAAGGUUUAGCUACCUAGUGUAGAGCAUGUGUAAGUAUUGAACUGCAAAACCAAAAAUAGUUUUCAUAGGCCAAAGAGUUUUGUUGCUGUUGUUGGGGGAAGUGGAAUGUUGGUGGGUUUGAAACUAAAAUCUAUUGGUGCCGUUAUAAGAAUCGUAACACGUUCUAGUUAGGCCCCCAUGAUUUUUUUUUUUGUUUCUUUCAGUUGCUAGGACAAAUCGUUUUGCUUCUGCUGUUUAAUCCACAGUACAAGAGGAGGAAGCCAAAUUAUGACAACUGUUGCCUUGAUCCAUUGACAAACAUGGGGGCUCUGUAUUUGAAUGAAGGAAGUAGACUCUAGUGUGCUUGGCGUUGCACAUUCAGAUCGGCUUCAUCCAAUCAAAUAAAGCAGCUGGUGCAUGCAGGAGCCUUGUGCAUACAGCUGAGAGUGUGCAGGGCUCUGCUCACUGUUAAGAAGAAAAAAGUUAUUGUGUAAUCAAUCCAAUUCAGGAUGUGGUCUCCCCGAAAUUGGGUUGAGGCUACUUUGCAGGUCUUACAAUCAGUAUUGCUAUUCCAAAGAGCACACAUCUUCUGGUGCCAAGGUGGAUAAAAAAUGGCAAUAAUGGAUAGAAUUUAGCCAUCAACCAGUCUUGUUGGGACCAUUUCUGGAUUGAAGGCUGGAUUUAUUUUCAGUUGUGAUACCCUAAUUCAUUCUGCAGGGAGCUAAGUCAGGGAGAUGAAACCAACCAGCUAAAUAAAAAUGUGCCAUUUUGAUUGUCAUGCCAAAAAGAGCGGGUAGAGAACGCAGAAUUGUUUCCACACACACACACACCCCAAUUUGUUUUUAACAUGUCCUCUGUGCUGCAGCAAAGUAUAAUAUGUAUUGCUAAGAUCCACACGAAGUGCCUGAUCUUAUUGUUGACUUCGGUGAAAUAGAAUUGAACCUCAGCCUGAUUUUUUAUAUAUUAAAAAAAUUAACUUUGGGUGUGGGCAAAUGUUGAAAGAAUGAGAAGUAUUAAAAACUGUUGUUCAUUUUUAAGAACCACUGAACAUGGACUGGAUCCUUGUUUUACUUCCGUUAGAAAAUGUUUGCAUUUUUGUUUUUCACUUUUUUAAAAAAAUUGUAUGUUUAGAAAGGUACCUAAUUUUAGGAACAGGCUUUUGGGGUUUUUGGCAGCGUUCUUAAGAUCUGCACAUAAAGACCUCUUCGCGUACAAAGAGGUUAGCACUUACUUUUGGAAACAGUACAGCACCAGGGUUGAUGGAGACAGAGAAGAUGUCUGGCCAUAUCUGAUGUUGCCAGCAAUGUGUGUAUUCAGAAACUGCCUCCAAGGGACCCUAAGCCUUAAAAGCCAAGGAAGAUCCACAGUAUUGAGGUCAGCUGUUACUUUCCUAAGCUGCUCUUCACCGAUUUUUCCUUUUAUGAGUCUUGAACAAUGGUAUAGUUGACUGUGAAAUUAACUUUUCCCAGCAUCUGUAAUGCCUAAUAAACAGUUGGAAUUUCUGUUAAUGU